AUGGUUGACAUUGCGGGUGACCGUACCGUCGACCCUGACGCGCAGGCGGCCGUAACCGACUUCCUCGAUUAUACCGAAUACCUUCCCUCAGAUCUGAUCCGAUCUUUGACACUGAUCCGUGGCCUCGAUGAGAUCUAUCACAACCAUACUAUCAUAAUCGACGACUUGACUAAGCAAUAUGGAUCAAUCCCUAGCCUCGAGCCUUCAAUGCGACCAAAUGUUCAAGGCCUGCGACUCAAGGCGAUAUCAACACUCGACGCAGCCUUGAACGCUCGAGAAUCCGCGUUCGCUGAAGCCAGCCGCUUGUUUGACGUGGCCGAUAGACACCAGAACCGCCUCAAGAGCAUCAUCGCAAAACUUAAUGCAAUCCCAAAGCCGCCUUCGCGAGAUCCCACUCCACAACCCCUCACCUCGGUUCAAAAGCGCUCUCGAAUGGGAAGAGAAAUCAAACCUGGCUCACGGCUGACUCUGAAACCACCCCGCGGCGGUGCCGUCGCUUCAGCGAUCCUCGGUCGGCCAAGAGGCAGACGUGUCACUGUUCCUGGCGAGGUCCUCCCACCCUACGACCCUGACGAGGCCAUCGCAAGCACGGAAGUCUCGGACUGGGAGUCGCCACCGCCCUCGCCUCCACGCCCGCUUCUCAAACUCAAGCAGCCAAAGGUACCGAAAGAAAUUGAAAAGUCGGUGCCUGUGGAACGGCCACCACGCGCCCCACGCGAGCAUGCUACAUAUCGCAAGCCUACCCCUCCUCCUGAAGACGCUGAACUCGGAAGCAAGUAUCGACCAUGGACUCGUCUGACAGAGUUCGAAAUGUACAAGCUGCGAAAGAAGAUGAAGAAGAAUCACACUUGGGAACCCAGUCCAGUCAUGAUCCGACGCGAGUUGGAGCUACGCGGACGUGGAUGGGACAAUUAUUAUCGCGCGAAAGCUGAAGCUCAGGCAAAUGGCAUACCUUUUGUCGACAUUGAAAAAGCUGGUCAAAGCAGCCAGCUCACACCUAGCACCUCUGGCCAUGCACUCCAAUCCAAACCUGAAAAAGAGCAAACAGAAGCUACCACGCCUAUCGUGGUAGCUACACCGGAACCCAAAACACGGACGAAGAAACCUGACCCGAAAAAGGACAAGAAACCGGAUACUGCCCGAGAGCAAGCAGCGCUUGCAGCUCAGGAAGCUGAACUUGCAGCACGACGACUUGGCGAUAUCGGGUCCGCCUUCAAAAAUCUGUUCAGUCCACUGUCAAACGCUUUGGCUUCUCUGAACAGAAGUGCAAGCACACCAUCGGCCGCCACCGCAGGUCCGUCAAAGAAGACGGAGAAAGCUGCAAAGAAGCGAAAACUCGAAGAGGUAGGCGUAUCUGCGUCUCCCUCCGCAGAGUCAGAUGUACAGCGGAAGAAACAGAAGAUCGCUUCCAAGCCAUCCCCAUUGCCGUCUCUUGCGCCCUCCACGGAGACCCCUCAGCCGAGUGCUGGAACGAUAAAGAUCCCACUUAAGCUCACAGUGGCACCUCAGCCGCUCGACACAUCUGAGUCAUCGACUCCUGCAACUGGCACCAGGGCUGAUAGCACAGCUCGUAGUUCUGUUGCACCGAAGACGGAAGAAUCUACACCUCCUCCUCCCUCGCAGCCAGUUUCGCGGCCAGUGUCGCGGAAAUCUACAGCCCCUCCACCAGAGUAUACCGGAGAUCCGGGGAUCGAUGCAGUUCCUACCACUGUGAGAGCUGCGUCCCGUAGAACGUCGGCCACACCUGCUGCAGCAAGCCGCCGCACGCCUUCUCUGUCCCUCCGCCAGACUCCGGCAGCUGACUCUUCACCUCGUGGCUUGCCGACCGCGGCAAGUCGUCGACCCAAGCGAGAAGUGCCUGGAACGGUGACUCGGUCCAAUGAGGAUGGUGGUCCAGCAGUCAGCAUGAGUAAGCGGAAGAAUAAACCGGGCAAGCAGAAGAAAGCAGCCAGCAACACAUCCCCAGAAGUUCGAGUGGAUAUUGAUGGACGGGCCGAGCUCGUUGAUCCCAACGAGGAGCGAUACUGCAUCUGUGGGGAUGUGAGCUAUGGAGAAAUGAUUUGCUGCGAACUAGACGAGAAGUGUGAAUUCGGACAGUGGUUCCAUAUGGACUGUGUGAGCUUGGCUGCCCUACCCGCCAGGACGGUCAAGUGGUACUGUCCAGGUGAUCGAAAAAAGCUACACAAGGGAGAGAAUACUAAUGGGCUUGUUGGCCGUGGUGUGAAGUAA